AUGAGGAGCAACAGGCUGACUCAGCCUGACUACGCCUUUUCGACAGGAAAUUCUUGCCCUGCCGGCUCGCGGCCUGAUGUGGGCCAGCUCUUAGCAGAUUUUGGCCUGAUGCCUAAUAAAGGGACGAUACUUCUACUUCCACACCAGCCUAGCUAUGCACCAGCUAUAAAUUGCCUUCAGACAGUUUUUAUUCGUUUAUGCUCGCAUGCCACUCUUACAAAAGUGCCGUUUAUCGUUGGAUCGUUCGGUGAUGCAGUGUUCUCUCCACGGCUUUGGUACAGAGAGCGGUCCCGUGUCAGACCACCGAAGGCCCAUUCCUACGCCUCGGCCCGACUGCCCUCUGCUGAGCUCAUUCGGACCCUGGUUGCUCGGGCGACUCGAUUUCCACUGUCGCGAUCGGCUGCUGACACACCAACACUUGGGACUACACUCAGACACACGCGACCUCUUUUGCCCCGUCGACGAGGUUUGCUCUCCUCUCGGUGCGUCACGUGUCUUUACCGCGUGCCGGUAUCUCUUGCCUACGAUCUCGGCCACCUUUCGUCGUCAUCUUCACCACCAAGGCCCAUAAGGUCUUCCUUCUUUCGGGUAAGUGGCAUUCGUCUUUUCCCUCUCUCCACUACACUCGCCACUCGUCCCGUUGGUCCUUGUCGCCGUUGUCCCGGCAGCCCAGGUUACGCAUCGGCAGGACGCACUCUUACCCUUUUCCGCCCAGUUCAGCUGAUGGUGCUCCCAGUGCUCCUCCCCUCCAGCGUUCGGAGGCCAUACUCUCGUCUUCACAACCCACUUUCGGGUGUCAGUCACCUCUUUGUCACGCCUCGGAGGCCCUCUUCAGCCAGGUCAAGUGUUCCUGUUCUCUCAGAUUUGUCUAACGUCUCGGAGCUACCAUCACCCAUCGGCCAGAUCGAUGUUGCCAUGCCUUCUUCGGUGUUACCAGUUGAUCUUGAAGUGUUGCCAUGA